AUGGCUUCUUCAUCAUCGUCUGCUGCACCUGCGGUAUUGAAGCUGCACCAGUACGGCGCACGAUGGGAGCUUCCGUCGUUCGAUCCCUUCUGCCUCUCCGCUCAGGCGUACAUGCGGUUGGCCGGCGUCACGUUCGAGGAGCUCGGCGAUGACUACGUCGCCGGCACGAACGCCAUCUUCACCUAUGUGGGCAACAAGACUGGCAAGUCGCUCGACAGCGCGCUGAACGCCGAGCAGAAGGCCACGGCCGCAGCUUUCAUCCACCUCAUCGAGACCAAGCUCCACCCGACACUGCUGUACAACUGGUGGGCCGAGAAGCAGAACAUGGGCCAGACGUUGGUCCUCCCCCACUUCAACUCCAUGGUGUUUCCCUUGGGAUAUGUGCUGCCUCGGCUGAAGCAACGCAAUGUUCAGUCGUACCUCUACACGCUUAAUCUUACCCAAGACGAAAAGGUUUACAACGACGCCGAAGAGUGCUACGCGGCUCUCGCCGAUUUCCUUGGAGACAAGCACUUCUUCUUUGGCGACAGCCUCGACGCUGUGGCGUUCGGUCACUUGGCCAUCCACCUGGUCGCACCUCAGUCACACAAGCUGCGAUCGCGGCUGCUCCAGCACAAGAACCUCGAGGCCUUCUGCAAGCGAGUGAUGACGCUCUACUUCGGCCAGGACUUCCCCGCCAUCCCCGCACCACCACCCGCCACCGAAGACAAGGACCAGAAGCAGGAGAUGAGCCAGCACAAGAAGACCGGGAUGUACCUGCUCACUGGGGCCGGUCUCCUCAUCCUCCUCCACUACCUCACCAAGCAGCACCAGGCCGCGCAUCAGUAG